AUCGUUUAGCACUCCUAACCUAUUUUUUAAAUUUUAUUUACAAGAAUUAUUAAUUUUCCCUAUUGUUUGAGUUAAUCACAUGGUAUAUUUUAUUAAUGUGAUAUCGCUAUGAUAUAUGGAUUUAAUCAGUGCAUUCGUUUCGUCCAUUCUUUAUUAAGUUUAUCCAAAACAAAAACUAUGAAUAUUAAUAAAUGUUAUUUUAGACACAUUGAACAUGAAGACAAAGUUGAUAUUGCAUUUCUAUUCAAUGUUAAAAAUACACUUAGACAAUUCAACUUAAGCAGAAAAUCAAGUGAAGGUGUUCAAAGUUUAUGUACGCGUAUUGGAACGAAUGUACAAAAAGUGGUUAACAAGAAGGUUAAAAAGAAAGCUCAAAGCGAAGAAUCGAAUAUACCUGUACAAAUUUUAGAUGAAAAGCAAAAUGCUGUUCCUGAUAUGUAUACUUGCAUUCAACUAUUCCAGUUAGGUCCAUUAAAAAUAAAAAUUUCAGACCAAUUCUAUGAUUUAGUAUUUAAUGCGCCUUGGGUUAUAAAUUUCAAUUUACCCAAGUGUAUUUUGGUCGGAUUUCCCGUUUAUCCUGAGAAUUUAGAAACAAAAUAUGCAGAUAAGUCUAUAAGUAUAUUCAAUUGGUAUCGAGCCAAAGAUGUCAAUGAAAAUGGGAAUCCUAUAAUGGAAAAUCAUAUUAACUGGGAGUUUGUUGCAAACACAUUUUACUAUACCCCUACCCUAAAAGAUAUAGGAAUGAAACUGAAACUAGAAUGCAUUCCAAAAAAUAUUAACACCACAGGACCUAGUGUUGAAGUGAUAUCAAAAAGUUGUGUUGAAGCAGGUCCAGGCCCUUGCCCAUUUGAAACUAGACAUCUGUUUACUAAAAAUAAGUUGAAAAAUGAAAGUUUUCGAUGUGUGACAUACAACAUAUUGGCAGAUUUAUAUUGUGAUUCAGAUUAUACAAGGACAGUUCUGCAUCCAUAUUGUCCUCCUUAUGCCUUAGAAAUAGACUACAGAAAGCAGCUUAUUCUGAAAGAGUUAUUGGGAUACAAUGCUGAUAUAAUCUGUUUACAAGAGGUUGACAAAAAAGUAUUUGAUUACUCACUAAGCUGCUUGUUAGAAAAUGAAGGCUUAAAAGGAUUAUUUUACAAGAAAGGAAAAACAGUAGCAGAGGGCUUGUCAUGUUUCUACAGAGAAAACAGAUUUAGGUGCAUUGGGGAUGAGAAAAUAUUAUUAGCAGAUGCAAUUAAAACUGAAUCAUAUUUAAAACCUAUUUGGGAUGCUAUAGAAAAAUGUGAAAGAUUAAAGGCAAGAUUGUUAGAUAGAUCUUCAGUUGCAAGUGCAACAAUUUUACAUUCUUUGGACAAUGAAAAGGAAAUUCUUAUUGUCGGUAACACACAUUUAUACUUUCAUCCUGAUGCAGAUCACAUUCGACUCAUUCAAGGAGGGAUUGUUAUACAUUGGCUGCAAACUAUUCUUAAAUUAUUACAAACAGAGCAUACAGACAAACGAAUAUCCAUCAUUCUAUGUGGCGACUUUAACAGUGACCCAUCUUCUGGCAUUUACAAGUUAUAUACAACUGGCAAAGCUCCUAGUACUUUACAAGACUGGAAAUCUAAUCCUGAGGAAGCUGUUAGUGAUUUAAGUCUCUCACAAGAUAUUCAGCUAGGUAGUGCUUGCGGAACACCUCAGUAUACAAAUUUUACAGAGGGAUUUGCAGAUUGCCUAGAUUACAUUUAUUACGAUACAAGUAAUCUUGAAGUUGUACAGGUAGUGCCUUUUCCAAGUGUGGAAGAAUUGAAAGCACAUACAGCCUUACCUAGCAUAGUGUUCCCAUCAGAUCAUAUAGCUGUCGUAUCUGAUAUAAAAUUUAAACCACUAUAAAAUUUAUAAGAUAUUAAAAAUAUUGUAGAUGAGAAAUAAAGUAGAUGUAAAUCUUCAA